AUGGCUACCCUCGACACCGAUUUGAACAUGCUUCCCGCCGGUGAGGGAUCCAGCGGCGGUGCUACGCCGCCGCCUGGGUCUUCCGCUGCCUCCAGUUCCUCGAAGAAGCCGAAGCGGUUCGAGAUCAAGAAGUGGAACGCCGUCGCCCUCUGGGCAUGGGGUGCGUGUCACGUGACUCGAGGGAUCGGAUUGUCUUGGCUUUGGAUUCCCCUCUCUACCCACCACUUGCUUCCAUCAUCGGCCGGAUGGUGGAAGAGUGUUCUGGCUGUUCCAACUUAGGGUUUUACGUGUUUGGAUGCAGAUAUUGUGGUCGACAACUGUGCGAUUUGCAGGAACCACAUCAUGGAUCUCUGUGAGAUCCCACACGCCCUUUUGUUUCUUGUCCCGCGGCAAAAGGAUUUGAUGUGAUGCGGUCUCAUGGUUAUGGUUUUCUUGAGUAGGUAUCGAGUGCCAGGCCAACCAGGCGAGCAAUACUAGCGAGGAGUGCACCGUGGCUUGGGGUAUGCCUCCUGGACUCUACUUUUAACCUUCAACUUCUAACAUGCGCGUAAUUGUUUUAAAAUCUAUGGAUUUUCACAUCUAUCGAUAAAUUAACCGAUGAUUCUGGUCUAGAGUAAUCGAUGCGUUACUUCACCUUUUGAUUUGGGUUUCAAUUUUUUCUAUUCAAGUUAGCUUCAGUUCUGCUUGAUUGCGAAUGCCUGGCGUCUUAUUGUUGUGUUUGGAUUCAUAAUCAAUAAUUUUUGGUAUUAAUCUGUGUCAUCUAGAGUGUUAAGGUGCUCGCAGAAGAUACGAAAAUCCCAUUUGGUUCUAUAAUCCUUAGUUUAGAUGAAGAGCUAUGUGACCAAAAAGGGAGAAAAAAGUUCAUAUGUUGCCUGGAAUGUGGGCUGAUCCCUGCCACACGUGUUUGUGAGACUAUUGAAUUGCGAGAAAAGUCGUAUGUGGUUAUUUUAACAUCUAGGGUUUGUUACAUUUAGGUUUACAAAGUCGGGACUCGUGAAAUUUCUAAAGUGGCGUACGGUAUCAUUUUUUCCAGUAUUCAUUAACUCAUUUAUAUUGUAAUAUUCCUGCAAAGGGUGCUAUAUUCUUAAAAGGGGAAGAUGACGUUGAAGAGCUUGUUUUCAAUGGUUUGAUCCGUGAGUGACUGCGAUGUUUUUUCUUUCUUUUCUUCUUGAAUAAUUAAUUUAAGGCAAUUGACUCAAGUUCAGCUGUCGAAAAAUUGAAUGAGGUUUGUCAUCCUUCCAUUCUGCCUGUCUUAGUGUCACUGGCACGAAACAACUACCCCAACUAAAAUAGUUAUUGAUUAUUUCAACCACAAAAUAGCUCAUGCCUAUUUUCUUCAGAUUAUUCCAUUCUUCCAUUCUGCCUGACUUAGUUCUGAUUACUGCUUCUAGUUUGUGAAAAAAAUUGAAAUAAGCAUCAUGCCUAUUAGUCCUUGGGCUCAUCUUGGAAAGGGCUUGCCAUUUUUCCAUUUGGCUAUUAUAUAUUUUCUUCAGAUUGUUUUUACUCAGUAGUCUAGUUACUUCGUAGGCCAGCGAUCAGGCAUAAUUUAUAUUUGAUAAAACUUUUAUGUCAGUCAAAUAAGAAUAUGGCAAAAAUUUUCUUUUUAUGCACUACGUUGAAUUGAAGCCAAACGGUUGUAUAUUCACUCGAAUCGCACCCAUUUUAUCCCAUUUUUGUUUAGUUACUCUAUCUAAUUACUUGUUUUGGUUUGCGUUAAAGAAGAAGAUGUUCAUUUCUCAUUGCUAAAUAGGCGCUGUGUUCAACUGAGGGAAACAGUGACAAUCUUAGGAAUGACAUCAAUUCUCUCUCUCUCUCUCUCUCUCUCUCUCAUGCUAUCUCUCUGUUAUACUUGUCUCAAUCCUCAGAAGAGUUCUUUUGAUAGUUAGAGAUGGGUGACAUCUCACGUCUGAGACUGCUUCAGCAUCUUCAGAAAUUUUGAUGAUUGGAAUCAGAUGCUGACUAAAGUAAUUCAACACGAAAACUAAACAUAUCUAUGAUCAAGGUACAUAAGUUACACCGAAAUUAAACACCCAAUCUUGGCACACUGGGAAAUGUGCUAAAAAAGUACCUUUUAAAAUUAUUUUGUAUCAAGCUUACGUAUCGAGUAGAAUCUUGUGUGCCUUGUCUUCUUUCCUCUGCUCAGUUAUGCUACCGGCCAUCCACUGCAGUAGCCACUGGAUCCCUUUCCACUAAUUCCUAUAUUGAGUUUAAAGAACGAACGCAGGAGAGUUUUGCGAUGGUUGUUAAAACCUUUUUGAUAAUGCAAUUUAAUCGUAAACUUUCUAUCAGGAUUUAAUGUCUAAACUUUAUAAUUCCCUACUUUUGAGUAUUCGAUUCUGCCUUUCUUUUUAUUGCCACCAAAAUGUCCAAAUAAGUCGAGGAAUAACUUAUCUUAAUUUAUUAUAAAUCCUUUAGAAACGGAAGUAUUUAAUAAUAAAAUGUUGCAACGGAGAGACAGUGUUUGAGUUAUACCCAAAGAAUUUUUUUCUCUAUUAAGCCGUGGGUUGGUCUUUUUUUGUGAUAAGUGUGAGCAGAUGCUGUGUCAGAUAACCCUACAAGCUUGAUCAUGCUUGGAGAAGGGUUUCUGUCAUGUUAUGUAUCAACAAGCUCGAUCACAUAAUUCAUCUGUUCCUUCAAUUACUUACCAUUCUCAUGGGAUAUAACGGGGUAGGUGUUGGAUGCUAGAGAACCUGUAACCUUUUGUUGGUGGCUGGGCUACACAAGGAGGUAGCUGAAAUCUGAGUUGAUAUGAGCAUGUUUUGUAGAUGCCUUGAGGGCCCAUUUAAGUCCAUCUGCUAUGCAUUGGGAUCUGUGUAGUUUUAAGGGGAUUAAGCGAAUUUUGUUUUCAGAGUUUUGCAGAGCGAGUGCUUAGUCAGGGCUAGAUUUGGUCCAGCAUCGGUUGAAAUCGAUGGAAAAAGCACCAAGAAUCUUAGGCGUUGUUUGCAAACGUGCUGCACUACUUUGAUGGUACCAUUAGAUUGGGGUUGCGCAGAGGCUUCUUUUUAGCAUUGUAGGUGGAGAAGGAAAUGUAUGAGAUGUGUUGUUGAUGAGAAAAUAUGCAUACUGGAGAAGGAAAUUGAUGGCUUCACCUCAAGCAGCGAUCUCUGCCAUGAUCUUUUCCCAUAAACGGGGAAAAAAAGAAAGAAAAAACAAAGUGUAUUUGGCAUACCUCUCCACAACUAACAAAGCCCCCCACUCCCCUUUAGGUUGAGAGGCUCUGCGGCCUCAGCUGACGGGUGGGUGUCCGUCUAUACGUAGAUGAUGAUAAGAUGUCCAUCUCUUCGAUCGCUCUUGUAUGUUUUCUCGUUGCCUUCUUCAGGCGCUGGUUUCAGGGGAUGGUUUGACGGGUUUUGUGCGUGCUUGCUAGGUGUCUGUAACCACGCAUUCCAUUUUCACUGCAUCAGCAGAUGGCUCAAGACUCGCCAAGUGUGCCCACUCGGUAAAGAAGCCCGUCACAUACUCGCAUUACAGGCACUGCUGAUACAUAAGAGUCACGCGUGGAUCUCAUCUCUCAUUUGGUGUGCAGAUAACAGCGAAUGGGAGUUCCAGAAGUACGGCCACUAG